CGGUGCGUUGGUGCUUAGUGACGGAGGCGUAUGUUGCAUUGAUGAAUUUGAUAAGAUGUCAGAUGGAACACGCGCUAUCCUCCACGAAGUGAUGGAACAACAAACGGUUUCUGUUGCCAAAGCUGGGAUAAUUACGACACUCAAUGCUCGCACUUCGAUCCUUGCUUCUGCAAAUCCGGUAGACUCAAAAUAUAAUCCUAAACUCUCCAUUGUUAAAAAUAUCGACUUACCUCCAACCUUGAUGUCACGGUUUGACUUAAUAUAUUUAGUGGUGGACAAUUCAGAAGAGUACGCAGACCGAAGGCUAGCAAAUCAUUUGGUUUCAUUAUACUUGGAAGAUGCACCUUUUACGGCAGGGAAAGAUAUUUUGCCCGUCAAAAUCCUGACGAAAUACAUUAAAUAUGCACGCAAAAAAUUCCAACCAAUAAUCGGAGAUAGUGAGUCGGCUAGCGCACUUGUUAAAGCUUAUGUUGAUUUACGCAAAAGGGGAGUCGAUCCUCGUACAUCAGAAGUUGUUAUUACCGCAACAACCAGACAAUUAGAAUCCAUGAUCCGGUUAUCAGAGGCGCAUGCUCGUAUGAGACUUUCAAAUAAGGUCAACAUAGACGAUGUCAGAGAAGCAGAAAGACUACUCAAGGAAGCAAUACAACUUGCUGCCUUUAACCCCGAAACUGGUGAGAUUGAUAUGGAUCUACUUACAACGGGAUUCAGCAGUCGCGAAAGAAGAAUGCUGGAUGAUAUGCGCAGGGAACUCAGAAAUAUGUUUUCGCGCUUGAAUUCAGACACAAUAACAUGGACAAAGGCAUUUGAAGAAUUUAAAGAGCAAUCAUAUGAGAACCUUCAUGAAAGGGAAUUUGAUCGGGCAAUCCGGUUCCUGGAACGUGAAGGAUUCAUUAUGUUAACCGGUACUGGAGAACGGUUAAAUCGUCUAAUUAAAAAAUUAGAUUAA